AUCCAGGGUUUGAUUCCUGGUGGGGAAUCAACAUUGGUACUGGGGGCAAUUACCAUCUCAAUGGUGAGCAAUUAACAUCACCCAGUGGGGGCCCUUGGGCAAGACCCUUAACGCUGCGGCCCCCCAGCAUGAAUGAUCCUGGUGACAGUCAGAGGGACCGUAGGUACGACCUGGCGGCUACGCCUCCACCGUAACCGCCGAGUAUGAGUGAAUGAUGGAAGAACUUUGAAAAGCAGAUAAAUCCAUUAGUAUUAUUAACAUGUGGAACAGAUGGUUCCUCAACCCGAUCAUUGAGCAGAAAUGGACCUCCAUCUCCUGGUGGCGGUUCAGGAGCAGGAGGUCAUGUGAUCGGAGUGAGGAUGGAGUUGGUCCACUUCUGUGAUCUCCUUAGGAACCGGAGGUCCUCCUCAGUCUGGAGGUCUGCAGUCGGUACCGCCUGUGGCCACCAGGAGGAGCUCCAGCCAGGCUCUGGGUUCUCCUCUGACGGGGAUGGAGGUUCUGUCAGGAGGCGAGAACUUCAGCAGAUCCAGGUUUUCCGGUGAGGUUCUGUGUUCCCCGCAGACCGUGGUCCCGGUGCUCCAUCAGGACUCCUGAUUUGCUCCCACGGUUGGAGGUUCUCCUGCUCCUUCUCGACACAGAACCUCCUUCUGAUCUCCGUUCUCUGGAGGAGAAAAGUCUGCAGGAACUUCAAAGAAGCUGAAGAACAAGAACUUUCAAUAAAAAGAAGUAACCUGCUUCCGGUUUGUCUUCGUUAACCGCGUGUGGGCGGAGCUACUACCAAGCUGUGAUUUAUUCUUAAUGAUGUUCGUUUACUUUAGUUUGUUUGAUGUUUUUGUUGACGCGGUCAUCGUGUGUGUGUGUGUGGGGGGGGGGGGGGAUCAGCGUGCCUCCUCCCCCUGGCCUGGGCGGAGGUGGGCGUGGCCCUGCCAGUCCACUUUACAAUUGUUCCUCCUUUCCGUUGUCCCAGCGCCCCCCUCCCCCCGUGCCUUGCGCCGUCACUCCGCAGUUCUUCGGGAGCUUUUGGCGCUCGUGCGCAGAUUUCUAUAAGUGACGGCGGUGCACGCGGACGGCGGCCAAAGGCGGUUUGGGUCUUUGGCUCACCUGGACCUGAACUGAGCGCGCGCUCUUCUUGGACGCGGGAUUUGGGCUAGGAAACGCGCAGCCUAGCACGCGCCGGGAGUGACAGAACUUCAGAACUGUGACAGGUGAAGUGACACCCGCGUGCGGAUCCCUGAGAAGGCUGCGGCAGGAGACACCCCCCCCCCCAAAAAAAAAUAAAUAAAUAAAUAAAAGAAGAAGAAAAAAAAGAAAGAAGGCAACGACAGCUGACCGGAGCGCGCGCGGACACGGGAAAGCUCCGGACAUGAAGAGGAGAGCUGCGGUCCGCUGAGGGUCAGAAGGUUCACCUGCUGGAAGUGGACCUUCUGGGACAGAGAUGACCUGUUGGAGGCCGUGUUCUGCUGGAUCGGUUCUACUGGUUCUGUUGGGCCUGCAGCAGGUAUCUGGGCAUUUGGGCCACCAUCGUAGACGACAUGCCCACGGACAUCACGAGCGGCCACGGCAGAACAUCACGCUAGCCAUAAUCCUACCAGAGACCAACACAGCUUACCCGUGGGCGUGGCCUCGGAUAGGCCCCGCCCUGGAGCGUGCCAUCAUAAAGAUCAACUCUGACCCAAAUUUGCUUCCCAACCACCACCUUACCUAUGUUUUUAAGAGCAGUGAGAACUCAAACGGUAUUUGCUCGGAGUCCGUGGCGCCGCUGGUGGCGGUGGACCUGGAAUUUGCCUACAAGCCGUGGGCCUUCAUCGGGCCGGGCUGUUCCUACACGGCCUCCCCCGUGGGCCUCUUCACCACCCACUGGGACGUGCCGUUGAUUACGGCGGGAGCUCCGGCCAUCGCGUUCUUAGACGGAAUCUAUCCAACCAUCACCAAUACUGGCCCCACCCACAAGAAGCUGGGCCGGUUCGCCCUGCGGAUCUGUGAGCACUUCGGUUGGCGGGAAUACGUGACCCUGAUGUUCAGCGACAACAAGGAGGACGACCGGCCGUGCUACUUCGCCAUGGAGGGCCUGUACGAGGAGCUGAAGAGCAUCAACAUCAGCCUGCAGGACAGCGUCUUCGAGGAGAACAAGCCGCCCAUCAACUACUCCCAGAUCCUCGCCGACAUCCAGAACAUCGGCCGCGUGAUGUUCGUCUGCUGCUCUCCGGACGUCUUCAGGAGGCUGAUGAUUGAGUUCUGGAAGGCCGACCUUCCUCACGAGCAGUACGUCUUCCUCUACAUCGACCUGUUCGCCGUCAGCCUCAGCAACAAGCAGCCCUGGGCCCGCGGCGACCAGGACGACACCAUCGCCAAAGACGCCUUUCAGAGCGUAAAGAUCCUGUCGUACCGUGAACCUCAGAACCAGGAGUACCAGCAGUUUGUCCGUGACCUGAAGGCGGACGCCAAGACCUCCUUCAACUACAGCGUGCAGGACUCUUUGAUGAACAUCAUAGCCGGGGGCUUCUACGACGGCCUCAUGCUCUACGCUCACGCCUUGAACGAGACCGCGCUGGUCCCUGGCGCCCGACCGCCGGGAAAACUCAUCUCCGGAAAGAUGUGGAAUCGAACCUUCCAUGGUGUGACCGGGCUGCUGCACCUGGACGUGAGCGGGGACAGAGAGACGGACUUUGCUCUGUGGGACCUGGUGGACACCAACAGCAGCAGCUUCCAGAUCGUUGUGGUGUACAACAGCUUUGAGGAGCAGGUGACGCCGGUUCCUGGGACAUCGGUGCGCUGGCUGGGCGGAGCUCGUCCUCUCGAUGUUCCCAAGUGCGGCUUCAAGAACGACAACCCCGCCUGCCUGACAAAGACGAUCACCAUCCACCAGAUGGUCUCCAUCACGCUCUUCUUCAUCUUCACCAUGACCCUGACCAUCGCCAUCUUCAUCUGCAGGAAGAUGAAGCUGGAGAAGGAGCUGGUGGCCCAGCUGUGGAGGAUUUCCUGGGACGACAUCCAGAUGAGCAACCUGGACAAGGUUCUGCGGAGCGGGAGCCGGAUCACUCUGUCGCUGAGAGGUUCCAACUACGGCUCGCUGAUGACGGCAAACGGAAACCUGCAGGUCUUUGCAAAGACCGGAUACUACAAGGGGAACAUCGUGGCCAUCAAAUACACCAACAAGAAGCGGAUCGAGCUGAACAGGAAGGUUCUGUUUGAGCUCAAACACAUGCGGGACGUUCAGAACGAACACCUGACCCGCUUCAUUGGAGCGUGUGUUGACCCGCCCAACAUCUGCAUCAUCACAGAGUACUGCCCCCGUGGGAGUCUGCAGGACAUCCUGGAGAAUGACAGCAUCACUCUGGAGUGGAUGUUCAAGUUCUCCCUCAUCAACGACAUUGUGAAGGGCAUGGUGUUUCUCCACAACAGCGUCAUCUUCUCUCAUGGGAAGCUCAAGUCCUCCAACUGUGUGGUGGACAACCGCUUCGUCCUGAAGAUCACAGACUACGGGCUGUCCACCUUUCGGCAGGAGAGCGAUGUGGGGAGCGACAGUCACUCCUACUACGCCCAGAAGCUCUGGAUGGCUCCGGAACUCCUCCGGAUGGAGAAUCCUCCUCCACAAGGAACCCAGAAGGGAGACGUCUACAGCUUCAGCAUCAUCCUCCAGGAGGUGGCGCUGCGGCGCGGCGCCUUUUACCUGGACGGAGACCCGCUGAGCCCCAAAGAGAUUGUGGACCGGGUCAUCCUGGGGGACUGGCCCUGUUUGAGACCCAGUAUCGACCCGCAGAGCCACAGCCCCGAGCUGGGUCAGCUGAUGCAGCGCUGCUGGGCGGAGGAGCCGACGGAGCGGCCGGACUUCAACCACAUCCGCCUGCUGCUGCGCAAACACAACAAGGAGUCGAGGACCAACAUCCUGGACAACCUUCUGUCCCGCAUGGAGCAGUACGCCAACAACCUGGAGGAGCUGGUGGAGGAGCGGACUCAAGCCUACCACGAGGAGAAACGCAAGGCCGAGGCCCUGCUGUACCAGAUCCUACCACACUCGGUGGCCGAGCAGCUGAAGCGAGGGGAAACGGUUCAGGCGGAAGCCUUUGACUCCGUCUCCAUCUACUUCAGCGACAUCGUGGGCUUCACGGCGUUGUCUGCAGAGAGCACGCCCAUGGAGGUGGUGACGCUGCUCAACGACCUCUACACCUGUUUUGACGCCGUCAUCGACAACUUUGAUGUCUACAAGGUGGAGACCAUCGGCGACGCCUACAUGGUCGUUUCGGGGCUGCCGGUGAGGAAUGGAAAGCUGCACGGCAGAGAGAUCGCCCGCAUGGCGCUGGCCCUACUCGACACUGUCCGGACCUUCAGGAUCCGCCAUCGACCGGAGCAACAGCUCAAGUUGAGGAUUGGAAUUCACAGCGGUCCCGUGUGUGCGGGGGUGGUGGGUCUGAAGAUGCCACGGUACUGUCUGUUCGGCGACACGGUCAACACGUCCUCCCGCAUGGAGUCCAGCGGAGAAGCACUGAAGAUCCACGUGUCUGCUGCCACCCGGGACGUCUUGAUAGAGUUCAACUCCUUUCAGCUGGAACUCAGAGGAGACAUCGACAUCAAGGGCAAAGGAAAGAUGACCACCUAUUGGCUGCUGGGAGAAAGUGACAGCCAAUGAGAUGACAGGAGGUGAAGAUGGAAGGAGAUCCAGGAGGAGGCAGGAAAAGUGACUGACCUCCUCAAACAGGCCAAAGUUCUGCAGAAUUGUGUUCCUGGACAGAAGCAGGUCAGGAGUGCAGGAGAAGAUCAGCAGGUUACUGACUCUCCUUCUGCAGCAGUUCUGAUCCACUUGGGGGGUUCUGACUCUGAGGGAGGUUCUGCUUACCUGAAGACUAGUGAGUCAGGUGAUGCAGCAUCUGCUGCUUCCACGAUCACCGUCCUUUCAUGGUGGAAAGCAGCAGAACUUCAGCUCACAGGUGAAGAAGCUGUUUUCCCUGUGGCGCUGUGGUCCUGCAGGUCCCUGAUCCGCCACCAGAGGGCAGCAGAGGGUCGUAAGAGGAGCUCCAGGCUUCAUCCUGCUGUGCAGCUCAUCUCUGUAAAUACUCAUGUUUCUCUGUCUUUAAAUUAGAAUUUGGGAUGAAAUGUCAUCACCGUCAUUUGUGUCAGAAAAAACCUCAACAAGAAAGUUUAGAGCAAAAGGAUCCAACUUGAAGAAAACACCUCAGGUUUUCCUUUGAAGAUAUUUCGUACAUGCUGAGUGAAAUGGAAAAAUGUAAAGUCAACUAUGUUUUAGCUGGUAAACUGCAGAAGAAGAUUAUUUAAAGAUCAAACCAAACUUCUAUGGUUUGAAAAAAGCAACAUAGUAAGCUCAAAGACCAUCUGAAAUGUGGUAUUAUUGUGGUAGUCCUCAGAGACCCAGCAUCUGCUCCAAACACACAGGAAAGAGGUGAAAUCUGUGGGGGAACAGAUGAGCUUAUCUUCUGAUAACAUUCGAAAGGUUUUCCAUCACAUAAAUACAGAUGUCUGCCCCCCAGAAACAAUCCUCAGAUCAUUUAAUCUGAAGGAGUGAAUAAAUAAAGACGUGUGAAUGUUC